GCAGGGCAGGCUAAUCCCGGGCUGCUCGUGCAGCACUGGGAGACCAGCAGGUGGAGGCUCCCGUGGAGUUUGCGCCCGUGAAGCCUUCAGGCGGCCCUAGAUCAUGGCUAAGAAAACAGUGCUUGCGUUCUUGGUGUUGGGACUAGCACUGUUCUGGGGACAUCGGACUUCUUUUCAAAGGCGAUUCAAUGUUUUCCGUGAAGUAAGCCCAGUGGAACUUCCUAACUGUCAUUUAGUUAAAGGAAUUGGAUAUGGCUCCGAAGAUUUGGAGAUAAUGCCCAACGGACUGGCUUUCAUUAGCUCUGGAUUGAAAUAUCCUGGUGUAAAGUGCUUUGAGCCUGAUAAGCCUGGAAAAAUGUAUCUAAUGGACCUGAAUGAAGACGAUCCACCAGUGUGGGAACUGGACAUUAUUGGGAGUCAAUUUGAUUCAGCCUCAUUUAACCCUCAUGGGAUUAGUACAUUCAUAGAUGAAGAUCAUGUCGUGUACCUGAUGGUGGUGAACCAUCCACAGUUCAAGACCACAGUGGAGUUGUUUCAGUUCCAAGAAAAAGAGAAAUCACUUUUGUAUCUGAAAACUAUCAAACACAAGCUUCUGCCCAGUGUGAAUGACAUUAUCGCUGUGGGACCUGAACACUUUUAUGCUACCAAUGAUCACUAUUUUGCUGACACCUACAUCAAAUCCUGGGAGUUGCAUCUGGGGUUAGCAUGGUCCUUCAUUGUUUAUUAUAGUCCCAAUGACGUUCGAGUGGUGGCAGAAGGAUUUGAUUUUGCCAAUGGAAUCAACAUCUCACCUGAUGGCAAGUAUGUCUAUGUGGCUGAACUGAUGGCUCAUAAGAUUCAUGUGUAUGAAAAGCAUGCUAAUUGGACUUUAACUCUAUUGAAGUCCCUUGAAUUUAACACUCUCGUGGACAAUAUAUCUGUGGAUCGGAAGACGGGAGAUCUCUGGGUUGGCUGUCACCCCAAUGGCAUGAAAAUCUUCUUCUACGAUGAGCAGAAUCCUCCUGCAUCAGAGACUGCCUCAAGGAAGAGUGAUGUCAUUUUAUUAACAAGAGCCUUGGAGAAGCCAAGGUGCACCUGUAAGGAAUUGCUCACGUUAAUGUUACAAUUUCCCAAGACAGCUAUUUUGGAGAGGUCAUUUUCAAUGUUCCCACUGAUCUCCUCCAUCACAGACUGGCAUUUUCACUCUGCUAUGUUCGGUGUUGUUUUGAUGUGAUUCGAAUCCAGGACAUCUUAUCUGAAGAACCCAUAGUAACUGUUGUUUACUCAGAAAAUGGUACUGUGCUACAGGGCAGUACGGUGGCUGAUGUGUACAAAGGGAAAAUGCUGGUUGGCACUGUGUUCCACAAAACACUCUACUGUGAGCUCUGACAGGCUGACUGGCACCCAGGCUGCGGAAGCUGGGAGUGCGUAGUUGCAAAUGACUGCCGGUUUCACAACCAACCCCAGCGCCCUCGGCAGAACAGAGGAGGAGGAGUCUGUACUUGACCUUGGGAGGCAUGCAAGUGCAUUGUAACUGGGAACAACGAUGGGGAGUAGGAUAUUUUUAAAAGUGUCCUAUCAAAUCACUCAUGGAAUACUGUUUCCAAUAAAGCCCCCUUUGUGUAAAAGGGUAAAUUUGUCCUAUCACUCUUGACUCCCAAAUAGUCUGUCAUCCAAAAAAGCAUACUUU